AUGUUUCUUUUCGGGUUCGUCCUAUCGGGCGUGGCCGUGUUUUGCAUGGUGAUUGCUUUUUCCAGUCCCAACUGGAUGGAAUCUUUCGAACAGGCAGACAGUAAAUUUGUUAAGCUUGGCCUCUGGGAGUUUUGUUUCAAUGAUUACACUUUUUACAAGGAUUACCAAGGAAAACGCUAUCGAGGUUGUUGGUAUAUAUUUUCUUACGAGUACAGGCCGAUUUGGGAAUGGCUGUCUCCACCUUGGUUCAUUUCCGUCCAAGUAAUGAUCAGUGUAACGUUGUUAUGUCAAACGUUGGUGGUCAUUUUCCUAUUGUCGCUCUUAGUUCGCUGUUGCCCACAUCAAAUGGAAUCCAUAUUGUUAAUGAUAAGCAGUAUAAUGAUGUUCCUCUGUGGUUUGCUAAUUGCCAUAUCAUUGAUUGUAUUUGGAGUUAUGUCUGAAGAUCGACAAUGGAUGCCUCGCCCGGAUCAGAACUUCCUUUCAUGGUCUUUUGGAAUCUGUGUAAUGUCUGGAUUUUUCUCUCUCUUUGGUGCUAUGUGUCUCCUGGUUGCUAGCAUCAGUGCAUCAGCUGAACGUAGCACUGCACCAAGUAUGAAUAUGGCAAUGAAGACUCGUUACUAA